UUCCCCUGCCAAAAUAAGACAUAUUUCAAUGACUGUACAGUAAAGCUAAGCACUGAGUUGAAGCGCUUCAGUGAUUUUUACCCGUGCCCACGAGAAGGAUGACGCGUGACCCACAUCCGCGAGCAUCUUUCGUCAAUCGACCUUUAGUUGUUUUAGUCUACUGAGCAAGUGACCAACAAAUCUAGUCAUGACGCGAAUGACAACAAGUCUUCUGCUUUUACUCCCUCUUGUCACCGGCCAGACAUCACUGAUCAACGAUUCCAGAAGUGAAGAUGCUAUUUCUGAUAGCAUGGCUCAAACAACCAGUCUUAGUGUAAUAAACAAUCCUAGUAUGUUUAUAACAAGCAGUCCUAAUGUCAGUAUGACAAGCAGUCCUAAUGUCAGUAUGACAAGCCGUCCAAGUAUCAGUAUGACAAGCAAUCCUAGUAUCAGUAUGACAAGCAGUCCUGAAGUCAGUAUGACAAGCAGUCCUAGUAUCAGUUUGACAAGCAGUCGUAAUGUCAGUAUGACAAGCAGUCCUAAUGUCAGUAUGACAAGCAGUUCUAGUAUCAGUAUGACAAGCAGUCCUAAUGUCAGUAUGACAAGCAGUCCUAAUGUCAGUAUGACAAGCAGUCCUAGUGUUGGUAUGACAAGCAGUCCUAGUAUCAGUAUGACAAGCAGUCCUAAUGUCAGUAUGACAAGCAGUCCUAGUAUCAGUAUGACAAGCAGUCCUAAUGUCAGUAUGACAAGCAGUCCUAAUGUCAGUAUGACAAGCAGUUCUAGUAUGAGUUCGACAAGCAGUCCAAGUGUUGGUAUGACAAGCAGUCCUAGUAUCAGUAUGACAAGCAGUCCUAGUAUCAGUAUGACAAGCAGUCCUAGUAUCAGUAUGACAAGCAGUCCUAAUGUCAGUAUGACAAGCAGUCCUAGUAUCAGUAUGACAAGCAGUCCUAGUAUCAGUAUGACAAGCAGUCCUAGCAUCAGUAUGACAAGCAGUCCUAAUGUCAGUAUGACAAGCAGUCCUAAUGUCAGUAUGACAAGCAGUUCUAGUAUCAGUAUGACAAGCAGUCCAAGUGUUGGUAUAACAAUCAGUCCUAGUAUCAGUAUGACAAGCAGUCCUAGUAUCAGUAUGACAAGCAGUCGUAAUGUCAGUAUGACAAGCAGUCCUAAUGUCAGUAUGACAAGCAGUCCUAGUGUUGGUAUAACAAGCAGUCCUAGUAUCAGUAUGACAAGCAGUCCUAGUAUCAUUAUGACAAGCAGUCCUAAUGUCAGUAUGACAAGCAGUCCAAGUGUUGGUAUGACAAGCAGUCCUAGUAUCAGUAUGACAAGCAGUCCUAGUAUCAGUAUGACAAGCAGUCCUAAUGUCAGUAUGACAAGCAGUCCUAGUAUCAGUAUGACAAGCAGUCCUAGUAUCAGUUUGACAAGCAGUCCUAAUAUCAGUAUGACAAGCAGUCCUAGUAUCAGUAUGACAAGCAGUCCUAGUAUCAGUAUGACAAGCAGUCCUAGUAUCAGUUUGACAAGCAGUCCUAAUAUCAGUAUGACAAGCAGUCCUAAUGUCAGUAUGACAAGCAGUCUUAGUAUCAGUUUGACAAGCAGUCCUAAUGUCAGUAUGACAAGCAGUCCUGAUGUCAGUAUGACGAGCAGUCCUAAUGUUAGUAUGACAAGCAGUCCUAGUAUCAGUAUGACAAGCAGUCGUAAUGUCAGUAUGACAAGCAGUCCUAAUGUCAGUAUGACAAGCAGUCCUAGUAUCAGUAUGACAAGCAGUCCUAAUGUCAGUAUGACAAGCAGUCCAAGUGUUGGUAUGACAAGCAGUCGUAAUGUCAGUAUGACAAGCAGUCCUAAUGUCAGUAUGACAAGCAGUCCUAGUAUCAGUAUGACAAGCAGUCCUAAUGUCAGUAUGACAAGCAGCCCAAGUAUCAGUAUGACAAGCAGUCCUAAUGUCAGUAUGACAAGCAGUCCUAGUAUCAGUAUGACAAGCAGUCCUAGUGUUGGUAUAACAAGCAGUCCUAGUAUCAGUUUGACAAGCAGUCCUAAUGUCAGUAUAACAAGCAGUCCUAGUAUCAGUUUGACAAGCAGUCCUAAUGUCAGUGUGACAAGCAGUCCUAGUAUCAGUAUGACAAGCAGUCCUAAUGUCAGUUUGACAAGCAGUCCUAAUGUCAGUAUGACAAGCAGUCCUAAUGUCAGUAUGACAAGCAGUCCUAGUGUUGGUAUAACAAGCAGUCCUAGUAUCAGUAUGACAAGCAGUCCUAGUGUUGGUAUAACAAGCAGUCCUAGUAUCAGUUUGACAAGCAGUCCUAAUGUCAGUAUGACAAGCAGUCCUAGUAUCAGUUUGAUAAGCAGUCCUAAUGUCAGUAUAACAAGCAGUCCUAGUAUCAGUUUGACAAGCAGUCCUAAUGUCAGUAUGACAAGCAGUUCUAGUAUCAGUUUGACAAGCAGUCCUAAUGUCAGUAUGACAAGCAGUCCUAAUGUCAGUAUAACAAGCAGUCCUAGUAUUGGAAUAUCAAGCAGUCCUGACACGAAAGUAAGACCUACUCUUGACUGCAUUAUCAAUGAAAAAGGUAACUUACAAUACUUCUAUUACAAAGUGUAGCCUUUUAUUUGAAAUUCAAAAUGCAUCAUAAUCUUUUAUUUGCUGACAUUUUUUAUUGUUGACGUUUAUAUGGGAAAUGAUGUCAAAUUAUUUCAAUUGUUUAAAAAAUGUUGAAUAAAAAUGAUUUUUUAUUUGGAUUAUCAGAACCUGGUAAGGGUUGGACAAGUGUUUUCAGAUUGCUGAAAGAUAAGGUUUUAAGAAUCUGAGAUCUAGAUUUUUCUGUUUUCAGAAUACAGUAAUAGAAAACAAAUCUGAGUUUAUUAAACUGAUUUUCCAACAUACAGUGUUAAAAUGUAUAGCAAUUAAAAAACAUGCUUUUAAAGCUUGUAAUAUUUGAGGUAGGAAUGACUUGAAGAUUGGAGAAAAAUACAAUAGUGAGACUCACUGAAGAAAGUAUGAAAUUCUGAGAUAUUGGCCAUUUCUAAAGAGCAUUUGCCAACAAUCUGAGUGUUUCAAGCGGAGCGUAUUUUUUGUGUUACAGUGAUUCAGAGAAAUAAUGUUGAAAAUUGUACAGCUUACCUAAGUCAUUUUUUGUAUAGUUCAUGAUUGGUGCAUUUCCUUGGCAUUAUUUUGAAAGAAAAUAAACCAAAAGCUCUUCUCAGAAAAAUAAAUUCUCUGUGGGAUAUAAUUUUAGCCCAAAUAUCAGGCGAUUUUCUUUUUCAAAAGUCAGCGAGGAAAAAUAAAAAUACCUCAUUUUUCGCUUCCGAGAAUAUACUUCAUAGGGAACAAUAAAAGGGCCUGAUAUAAGGCAUAAAUAAUUUGAAGGCCCAUCCUGUUCACAAGGUCAUUAGUAUUGUUCUCUGGCAAACUUUUAACAACAAAAUAAGGUACAAUGUCACAAAAGCAGUUUACUCUGUAUGUUUUUGUGGUGCCAACAAUAAGCAGCUGCCACAAAAGCUAGUGUAUACUACAGUAUGUGUUUGUGGCAGCCAUAAUCGCUAGCGCAAUACAAUACUUGUUACAGUAGCCAUAGUAUACUACAGUAUAUUGUAAAAUAUGGCAUACAGUAUACAGUAGUAUACUGUCCUGUACUAUUAUUACUUCUUACCUGACUGAGUGUUCUGUGGUACUCAUGUUGUACUAUACCUUACCAUUAGGUGAUACAACAGUAUGUAACACCUGAUGGUGUAUUACAUUAUACAACAAAGUGUGCCAGCUACAGUAUUGUGUACUGUAACAUACCAAUGAUGCUAUUGUAUGUGACAACAAUAGUAUACAGUAUAAAUACGUGGUACAUGUACAUCAUAGUACUGGAUAUUGUGACAACAGAGGUACUGUAAAUUAUAUAAUACAGUACUACAGUUGUUUAUGUGAAAUGUGUGGUACUAUUAUAAUCAUACCACCUGGUCUUAUUUGACAUUUGUGGUAUUGUAUUUUAUUAUUAUAUACUACUGGGUGUGAUACAUAAUGGUACUGUUAUUGUUAUCAUAUUACAGAGUGUUAAAGUAUACCUGUUUCACUGUAAAUUAUAUUGUAUCAAUACCACUGGAGUGUUGUGACAUGCAUGGUACUGCAAAUAAUAUAAUAUACCAAUGGUUGUUGUGUGACACUUGUGGUACUGUAUCAAAUAACCUCGUACCAUUGGAUAUGUGACACUACCUGUAGUAUGUCUUGUUAUGAUGCUCUAUAUACUCAUCAUAGUUUGUGAUUUAACAUUGUGUCUUUCUGUUUUGUCAAUCAAUCAAUGAAUAUGUGUUAUUUGUUCCAUUAUAUAUGAUUUCAUAAUUCUUUAAAAAACACAUUAUUCAUGAAAAUGUAGAAAAGAUAGUAUUUUAAAAAAAUCUUUAUGACCUCUUCUGUCUUGAAGAAAACAAGAAGAACUGCAAUUUCAAAUUAGUAGCCAACGAAGCUUUGCUCCCAUUAAAAAUCACUUAAUCUCUUCUUUAUCUCCACAGAAACCAAAAGAUCGAUGAACUCAUGAGAUCAGCAAACUCAAUUAUGAGUAGUCAAGGCUAUUCUGCUUUUAUUCGACAUCAUUAUGCUUUCUCUCCACAUAGCAAAGAAAAAAUGUAAUUUUACUGUACAUUUAACUAAUUCCUUGCUGUUUUGAUCUGUUUUUAUUCUACUUAGACAAUACUGUUUUGGAUGGGUCAAUACACAAGAUGAC